GAAAAAGCUAGUGGUACAAAUACAGGUUCGUGAGAGGGACAGCGACAUCAUUUGCAUCAACUUGACUUGAAGGACAGGCAAAAGGAAACUUACAACGCUUAAGAUUUCAUAGCGAGAUGGCACAUCUCGUGAGACUCCUCUGCAUCCUGUUCGUGGUUGGGUCAGUUAUCGGCCAGGACAUGCCUUAUGAGGAAUAUAUGGCCCAGAUCCAAGCCUGCCCUCAAGAGUGCCGCUGCCUCCCCAACUUUCCCCGUGCUGUCUACUGUGACAACAAAGGCCUGAAGACCAUCCCCAAAAUCCCCCCAAACACAUGGUAUCUCUACUUGCAGAACAAUUUAAUAGAAGUUUUGUCACCUGAUGCCCUCCGUAAUGCCACACAGCUGCGAUGGCUGAACCUAAACCGCAACAAAAUCACAAGUGAAGGAUUGGAAGAAGGUGUCCUCAAAGCAAUGUCUCACCUGGCACACCUGUACAUGGAUGACAACCUCUUGUCUUCUGUGCCAUCACCGCUGCCAGCCAGCCUGGAGCAUCUACGUCUCUCUCGUAAUCGUAUCUCAAAGAUCCCUGCUGGUGUCUUCAUUGGUUUGGAUAAGCUUAGCCUCCUGGACCUCCAGGGGAACAAGCUGAUGGAUGAUGCUGUGACUGAGGUGAGCCUGAAGGGUCUAAGUAAUCUGGUACAGAUCAACCUAGCCAAGAACCAGCUGAUAAGCAUGCCUCUUGGCCUACCACCCACCACCUCUCAGAUUUUCCUCGAUGGCAACAACAUUGAGAAGAUUCCUGCCGGCUACUUUAAAGGUUUGCCCAAAGUGGCAUUUCUGAGGCUCAACCACAACAAACUUGGCAGCAGUGGAUUUCCAAACAAUGUAUUUAAUAUCUCCAGCAUUUUGGAUUUGCAACUGUCCCAUAACCAGCUGACUGAAGUACCCGUCAUCCCCCCAGGCCUUGAACACCUUCACCUUGACCACAACAAGAUCAAAAGUGUAAGUGGCUCCAAUAUCUGCCCUGUCUCCAUCGAUGCUGUUGACGACUCUAUCAAUGACAGUGUUCCUCGAUUGCGCUACCUCCGACUGGAUGGCAACGAAAUUAAGCCACCAAUUUCGAGGGAUGUUAUCCUCUGCUUCCGUCUCCUGACGUCCAUUGUCAUAUAAGGAAAGGAAAAACAUCUACAUGUCAACGUCAAAUUUAAAUUUCCCACAAUCAAUGACUUGGCAAUUUGAAUACUGGUCUGAAAAAAAGACCUGGAAAACCUGAUAUAACAAAUAGUGACAUGAGUAAUACUUGCAUUUUUGUGAAUUAUUUUACACUAGUUGGCAUCAACUUACUCUAUUGUUGUGUCUUGAGAAAAAAGUUCCAGGGAAUUUUAAAUGUUCAGUAGAAUUUGAAUUAAAUCCAAACGUAACAACUUAAGGAACUGAUGAGUUAGGACCUGCAAUCUGUUGACCACUAGUUGUGCCUUAUGUUGUUGUGAACAUCUGCAUGUAGAAUAAAGAACCAAAAUCUAUUACAACACAGCAUGACAGUGAUUUAGGGGGAAAUAUGUAUUUGUGGCAUGUGGAUUUCUUCGAGGACUUAUUGUCAUUAUACCGUUUGGUUUAUUUCUGUAGACUUCAAACCAAAUUAAUGGUCUUGUGUUUUUGUUAACUUUACAAAAUUACUCUCUUUUACUAUAACACAUAUGUUCUGUAGGUAAUUUAUUUCUAUUUAAUAUUGUUUGAGGAAGAAUUGUACAAAAAUACAAAUCUGAGAGUCCUGUCAAUAUCCAUGGCCAAUAUUCCUUAAUGUCUUGUAUGCUGAAGAAUGCCAUCUCUCUUUUUUUUAAAUUCUUGAAUGAAAAUUAAAUGAACAAGAGAUUUAAUUUGAAUUUGUCUUCAAUUUGAAUAAAACUUCUACAAAAUGAAAA